UAGAUAUUUUUUGUGGUGUUGUGAGUAAUAUGAAUGGCAACGGGUCACGGGCCGUGUCACGAUAGCCAAUUCGCAUCGUCAUGGUCAAUGUGAUAAUUUUCGGAGCGCAGACCACGGCAGCGCUCCUGCUGGUGCUCACAGAAAAAAAAUCGUGGCUCUGCUUAGUUUUUAGCACCGGGGAUAGAAACCUAACUGAAUAGACUCGACUUUAUUUAGCACCAGGGCUAAUUUUUUAGCCACCCAGGAAACCGCACAGUUUAUUAACCGUGUAGCUAAUUCCAUUUAGCUCUUCAGCUAAAUAUUUUUACGUCCAUCUAUUUUUUUUUGCACGGGUGUAAAAUUGUGCUGAUACCGAUUUGCAGGGAACUGAAUUUUAUUUUUCUGCGUGUGUACCCCACCUCAUCGCUAGGAGCCACCAUUUGCCUGUAACUGCGGCGCGCCCACGCCCCGCCCCGCCACUCUACGUCACGCCCCGCCCUCUGGAGAGCGGCGAGUCCAAACCGUUGCACACCCAUCAGUGUUCCAGCCAAAUGAGUCGUCCAGACAGCCCGCUAGGCCCGCUAGGCCCGCCAGCCCCGCCAGGCCCGCCCUUUGGCCAGCAGCAGCAGCCCCCAUCAUGGCCCCAUGGCUGAGCCCGCCGGGCCCCGGUGACGUCAGCCCGACCCCGGCCAAUCUGGCGUGUGGCCAUGCAUCUGGGCCUGCAGGACCGCGCUCGGCAGCCGCAGGUGGGGCGGGGCGCGGGCGGGGGUCCCCGGCCCGGGGGCGAGCUGCGUAGGAGGUGAUACGGCAACGAUCAGGCAGGGGUACGCGCUGGCGUACAGGGGCGAAACAGCGGAUGAGGAGCGUUACCAGAGAGUCGGAAGAACACUAUUUUCAUUUUUUAGGUGUAGAUAGACUUGAUGUUAUUAUUUGCUUUGUUAUUGGAGCAAGAGGAACGUUUCUGAUUUUUGUUUUGUUUUCUGGUCUGGCCUGAAAAAAAACGACAGGGAGUAUGCGCACAUCUUUCUCGGUGACAAACAAAGACACAUGCAUGCAAUCAUGUUUCCGCAGGUCUUUGCGAUGAGGAAACGCUAGGCCCCCCCGCGGUGUGGGGUAUGGGACGUGUCGUGUGAUUGGCUGCUGCUGCUGCUGCUGCUGUGGGUGCUGUGCUGUUGCUGCUGCUGCUGCCGAGGCCGUGCGGGGCGAUCGGCCACAAUAGAGGGAGACUUUUCAUUCACAACGACAGACACACGACGUAUCUGGCAGCAGCGGGCCGGGCUGUACGCGGCACGGCGCCAGCUCAUCCCCGCACACACACAGACACACAUGCACACUCACGCCCGUCCAACUUGUGCAACAUGGACGGAGCCAUCGACCUGCCGGGAGCUGUGCGAUGAUGAGUCGCUCGUUAGUCGCCGAUGAGACUGGACCAUGUCGUGACACAUGCCGACGACGGAGACGGCCGCUACUCUGGAGAACACGCGCGCGCGCCUCUCAAGCCUCUCAUCGCUUGCAGCAGCUCGGCAGCAGCGGAGCGGGGACCCCGGGAACGCCGCACAGGUCCGGCCAGGGAGAGCGCCUGCGGCUGCAGGCGGCGCGGACGGCGGGCGGACGGACAGACAGAGGGGCGGACGGACGGACGGGCCGACGAGUCCGGCCAAGGGAGGCCAGCGGGGCCGCCGGGGGUUGCUGCGAGAGCAGCGAAGGUGAUUGGAGAAGAAAACCGCUGAGACCGUGAUGGUGGUGCGGCGGAGCGGCGGCCGGCCGCUGACGGCGUCCUGGGAGCUGGCGGUGGUGCUGCUGUGCGCGCUGUGCGGCGCCGGGAGGGCCGCGCCCUGGAACCAGGACGAGGACCUGGCCGCGCUGGGCAGCCUGGACAGCCUGCUCGCCUAUGAGGACCUGCGGCAGGCCGUGCAGCAGGCGGAGGACGCCUGGGGGCAGCCCGGGGCGGUCGCGGGGGUGGCGCCCGGGGCGGUCCCGGGGGCGGCGGCCCGGGGCAAGGGCGCGGCGGCGUGGCAGCCCGCCGAGCCCGACCCGCAGCUCUACCUCCUUACCGAGUACGACCGCGGCGGACAGGGACAGACCCGCGUGAAGAGGAACAGGGAGGCGGUGGCGGCGGCGGCCGCGGCGGGCCGCCUCAGCGCCCGGAGCAACAACGGCCUGCGCCGGCACGUGCGCAACCCGUCGAGCAGCAGCAGCCAGAGGCUGUCCAUCGUCAACCCGCUGGACGUGCUGCGCCAGCGCCUGCUGCUGGAGAUCGCCCGCCGCAGGAAGGCCUCCGUGCCGCAGUCCAACAGGGAGAUGCUGGAGGGGAUCGGCAAGCGGUCCUGGAGCCCCAAGGUGUCAGCGGAACAGCAGGUCGAGCGUCUGGAGCGGUGCCUGGCCGAGCUGGGCGAACUCAACGAGCUGCGGGGCCCGGCCAAGGCCGAGGACAAGUUGGCGCGACUCACCCUCCUCUACCGGGCCAUCGAGUACGGCAACAAGUGCGACCUUACCAGUGAUUUGGGAGAUCAAGGAGAUCAGCGUCAACAGCAGCAACAACAGCAGCAGCAGUUGCCCUCAGAAACACGGCCUCAGGAGCAGGGAGAGACGAACCACAUCAGGGAUGAACAGGACGACUGGAGUGCACGACAGCAGGCGAACGGCUGGUCCAGAAACACACGAGCUGCCACGAGUAGCAACCUUACAUCCUAAAAAGGGUGGUGCUUGUUUUGCUCUUUCUUCCUCAAGACCCAGGUCCCAUUUUGUAUGAUAGAAUACUUAGGCUGGCCUUUGUUUCUCCUGAUGGCAUCAAUCCUCUUGCCUUAUUUUUGUAUUUCUGUGGGGGAGCAUGUGGCAAUGGUGAUGUAACACAUUAGCAUGUUGUAACAGGUUUUAACGUUGUACUUAAUGAUAAAUAUAUCAAUAUUAAUUUUGGAAACGGAAACGGACUUGUUGUACUGCGAUGCUGCAUCAACUGGUUUUCUGUUGAUGUUUAUGAAUCUAGUCCAGCUUUUAAUCCAAAACACUCUGUGUCAAAUUUUGGUUUAAACAGUCAGGCAAGAAUAUUUUGUUUUGAUCGAUUAAAAUUGUACUGCAACAGUUAUUCAAUCAUUAAAUUAACAUAUUUGUAGUCUUUGAGGCAUUGAAAGCUCUGCUUGCUUAAAAAAAUACGGGAGUAUUUAUUAUUUAAAUUUCUAAUUUAAAGAAAAUUUAGGAUCAAUUGCAUUGUUCACAAUCAAUAAGAUGUGGCAUAUUCAACCGCAACCACAAAAAUGUAUGUGAUUGCAAUGCAUAUAAGUAAUUUUGACCUUUACAUCUUUCUUUCAUAAUGAUAUGAGUAAGUUGUAAGAAAGACAGUAAAAAUAGGUUCCACUUUCUAACUAAUGAGUUUUACUUACUGCACAUCAUAAAAUAAAAUAAAAAGAUCACUUAAUUUUAGGUUGGAUAGUCUUGCUAAAAAUAGGCGCAGUAUCAGUACCGAGAGUUGAAGUCGGAACAGCUAAUUUUAGAAGAAAUCAAUGGUUCUGAAAUAAAGCCAGCACAUAGCCAAACAAUGGCCUUUCUUCCCCAAAGAAUACUUUAUUUCCUAUUCUUUCUCUCCUGCACUUCCCUUCACAUUUGUGAAAGGAGUAGUUUAAUACCUCUGUAGAUAAUUUGGUUCCCGGAAAGAGGGAAAAAUGUUUAAGAUCUACGUUAAUGGUAGACAGUUAGAAUUUUAGUUCCUAUCUUUUAAUUUUGUUAAAUUUUGUUGUUGUAAUGAAUUUUAAAAAGUGAUGUAGUCUUAAAUUUCAAAAGUAACUGAGAUUCAUAUUAAAAUAAAUUUGGGUACAGUAUCUUGCUUUAAUAUUUCCUAUGCGCAACUGAUGGCUGGAUGUAUAAAGGUCAAUUCAAACUUGUGCUUGGUCCCUCAUUACGUAUUUACAUGGUAAGAAAGAACAGAAUAUACUUUGAAUUGUAUGAGCACUGUUUCCUCAGUCUUGGCAAUAUUUUAUUUUAAUGCUGCAACUUCACUUCACUUCAAAAACAAAAGUUUUAUGAGAUCAUUUUUUGUCUUGAGUUGAAUGGCAUUCACCACACGACCUUAAGAUCUGUGAAUGUAGCAAAAUAAUUGAGUGUGAAUAUGUGGAAGUUGACUUGAUCUGCUCAUGUAUGGCUGGGAUGGGCAGAACACAUUCCAUAUGUCUUACUUAAAAUACCCACUUGCCAUAAAUUUUUGCCUAAUUAUUUUUGAAGAAACAGAAUGUUGUGAAGGCUGCCAUCUGUAAAAGUGGCCUUGUGCCUGGUAAGCAAAGGUUGCAAUUACUGAACUGAACUGAUAACUAAUCUGAAGGUAGAAACUAGAUGCUUAGCAAGCAAUCUUCCUCUCCUCUGUAACACAUGGCAAACUGUAUUAUAGUAAAUAUUGCAUUGUCAUUACUCAUAGUAAUAAAUGCCAUAAGUUGUA